AUGCCGCAAGAUCCAUCAUUUAGUGUGUCUAAGGAUGAUUCCAUGAACCCAGGAGAUGGUGCCAUUAAUUUAAGCUUCAAUGAGCAAACAAAUGACUCGGUUAUAUUCAAAGGUGCUAGUACUAACAGUUUUAAAUUGGGGGACCUUGAAUGGUUUGAUAGUUUGCCUGUAAUGAGCGAUAAUUGGUGGAUCUGUAACAUAAAAAGGCGCAAUGAUGUUAGCGAAAAGUGGAAGAAGUCUUUUAAUGAUAUUAUCGAGUAUGAAAUUAGGGCAUGUGAACUGGAUUUAAAAAUAUCCUAUUUGAAGGUUCAGGCUGAUUCAAUUACAAACAAAAUUUGCUCUCUGGCAAAAAUUUGCCCCUAA